AUGUCUACCGCGGCGACCCCGUCGCCAACAACUCCCUCCUCCCACUCCACCACCACAGGCCGCAAUUUGGACGCCGCCAUAGAGACGGCGGACGUUCCAGAAGCAUUCCCCGUCUUCGAAGAAGACUCUCUUGAGGGUUCGCCCUCUUCACCGCCUUGUCCCUCCCCCUCCCCCUCCAUCCGCCGCCGUUCUCGCCAAGUCAACGAGAACGACCGCCGCGCCUUCUUCGGCUUACCCAAGCCGAAGGUAUUCAACUACGUCGACCUCGUCAAGGCCCUGCGAACCCCCCCUGCCCCGGGCUAUCUGCCAAAAGCCCCAACCAGCCAGUUGGGCACUGAUUCUACGUACGAACGGGCAGAUCCAAGCCAGCUCACCUCUCUCUCACCGGCGCCAUGGGCGCAAUUAAAGUCCCAGUCCCAGGGCCAGCGCGCCUCAAGCGAUCAGCAGGACCCGACGAGUGGCUCGAAGCAGCAAAAAAUUGCAAAAUCAAACAUCCAACCCGUUUCUACCCCUGUCACGAUCUGCGGCGAUAUCCAUGGUCAAUUCUAUGACUUACUCGAACUUUUCCGAGUUGCAGGGGGCAUGCCUAAUGAAUCGGCACCCGAAACACCCGUUACGCCCGCAAAUAUCAUCACUUCCGCAGACAUUGAACCGCCUUCUACCAUCACAGACCCGAAACUCAAGAAGAAACUGAAACUGGGAGGAUCCGAACACCCUGAUACGCCAAGCGAGAAGAGCAGUGAGAUCAGCGACGCUGAAGAGAUACCCUCAUCACAACAAUCCGAGAUUGAGGACGAGAGAUCAGAAUCAGGAAACAUCAUCUCACGCAAACAAAACGCAAAUUUCAUCUUUCUUGGAGACUACGUUGAUCGUGGAUACUUCUCCCUUGAAACACUCACACUUCUACUUUGCCUCAAAGCGAAAUACCCCGAUAAAAUCACCCUGGUCAGAGGAAAUCACGAAUCGCGCCAGAUCACCCAAGUGUACGGCUUCUAUGAGGAGUGUGUGCAGAAAUAUGGAAACACUUCAGUAUGGAAAGCCUGUUGCCAAGUCUUCGAUUUCAUGACACUAGGAGCCAUAGUAGAUGGCAAAGUUCUGUGUGUACACGGUGGCCUCUCCCCAGAAAUCAGAACUCUCGAUCAAGUCCGAGUUGUCGCACGAGCACAGGAAAUUCCGCACGAAGGCGCGUUCUGUGACCUUGUAUGGUCAGACCCCGAAGAUGUUGAAACAUGGGCAGUAUCACCGCGAGGAGCCGGAUGGCUGUUUGGAGAUCGAGUUAGCCAGGAAUUCUGCCACGUCAACGGACUCAACCUCAUUGCAAGAGCACAUCAACUCGUCAACGAAGGCUACAAAUAUCACUUCAAGAGUCAGGACGUGGUGACAGUAUGGAGCGCCCCAAAUUACUGCUACAGAUGUGGAAACCUGGCAUCGGUAUGCGACAUUGGCGAAGACAUGAAGCCAACCUUUAAGCUUUUCAGCGCCGUCAAGGAUGAGCUACGACACGUUCCACCAUCAAGAGGUGGACGGAAUGAAUAUUUCCUUUGA